ACCCUGGUCCUCCCUGACUGAGGGUAGGGGUCAACUGCGCAUCUCAGGAUUUGGGUUGGCGCCCCCCCUUCUUUUUUUUAGAGGUGCAAGGGGUGUUAAAGAUGGAUCUCAGCUCAAGCCCCUCGUGUUUUUUACAGAUGAGGAAAUUUAGGACCCAGAGAACUUUAGUGACUUGAUCAAGGUCACACAGGUUAUAAUGGAGGACACACAAUUGGUGGAGUGGGAGAACCAGGAGGAGGAGCCCGAGGGUUCUAAUGGCUCCCUUCCGCGUUUCGGGCUGGAGCCUGUAGGGCGGCUGCACCUGUUCAGCAGUGUUCGAGGCCCUGAGAAAGAUUUCCUGCUGUACCCUGGGGAGAAUGUGGUUGGCCGCAUACCUGGCUGUACGGUGGCUCUGCCUUUUCCAUCCAUCUCCAAACAGCAUGCAGUAAUUGAGAUUCCAGCCCAAGGCAGGGCACCUAUCCUUCGAGAUUGUGGGAGCCUCAAUCAUACCCGCCUUCUGAGACCCCCCAAGCUCCUAAGCCCUGGGGUGGGCCACCAGUUGAGGGACCAAGACUUAGUACUCUUUGCUGACCUGCCUUGCCAAUAUCACCGUCUGGGUGAUCCCCCACUUCCUGGCCCCCGGGGGGCUCUAAGUGUGGAAGAGACACCCAGAGUUCCGGAGAUGGGGGGACCCCGAUUCCAGGGGACCUUAUUGGCUGAAGAUUCAGAGGAGGAAGGAGAUUCUCCUUUGGACAGGAGUGUCAAGGUAUCCGUCACAUAUUCCCCCUCAGAAACUGUAGUAUCAGAGAGUGAUGUGGAGGGAGCUUCACCAGGCACCAAGGGCUCUGCACUGCCUCUUACUUUCAUUCUGGAUAGUGACACAGAUGAAGAGGAAGCCCCUCCCCCAAUAGAGCCCUCUUUAGCUGCCAGGAGAGGGUCUACUGUAGGGACUCAACAUUCUUCCUUGGAAGAUAGCAGUACAGACUUGGAAGAGGAGGGUCUUUCAGUGAGACCAGCUAAUGCACACUUGGAAAUGUGCCAGCCUGAUAUGGAGAACAGUGAUACAGAUAUAGAAGAGGAUGCUAUCCCAGCAGCGCCACCUGUUGUCCAUCUGAGGAAAGAUCAGGUGAGCACAGUAGAAGCAAGUACUCUAGAGAAGUCAGCCCAGGAAGGAAUCCAGAAUUCUAUAGAACGGGGUAGUGAUCCAGUUGUGGAAGGUACUGAAGAUUUUCAGAACAAGAGUGAUGGUACUUCAGACCUGGAUUUACCAGAUACUCAGUGCUUUGUAAAAGGAAUGAAUCAGAAUCAUGGAGAUGAGCCAUGGGAAAUGUUGGCCACACAGCCAUUCUGCUCAGAGCCAUCAGGAACUCAGCCCAUCAACUCUUGCAUUGCAGCUCAUGGAGCUUGCCCCUCUCCACCUAAGACAGCCUCAGACCUACAGCCUGGUAGCCCAGAAAAAACAGAGCCCUCAAGGAGUCAAGGCACAGAGAAUCCAAACACAGAGAACCAGGGACAAACUAUGAAGAGUGACAUGGAGAACCAGGUGAUAGAGACAUCUAGAAUAACACCGGAGAGAAAAAUGGAAAAGAAAACCUUUAAAAAAAAGACAUUGGCAAGUAAGGCAAAGAGAUCCAAGAGAAAAAAAGUGAGUCCAGUAGUACAAACAGAGAUACCAGAAAGAGGCCAGAGAUGUGCAUCAAGUACAGGUGAGCAGAAUGUUAUGACACAGAAAGAUGUCAAAAGUUGUAGAGAAACAAAGGCACUAGAGAAGGAAAUGGAGAGGCAAACCUCUGAGAAAGACAUAUUUGAAAGACAAGCACCAGAAAGAAAAACCAAGAGUCUGAUGGUAGAAGGGAAGGUGCCCAGAAAAAGGCUGGGAGGAGAGGCAGGGGGACAGACAUUAGAAGAUUAUGACCAGGAGGUCCAGAAUCCAGCUCCAGUACCAAAAUCUAAAGUUGAGGAAGUUGACCUGCAGGAAUUGGCCUCAAACCCCCAAAUCCUCGGUGAUAGUAGAUCUCAGAGAGGCCUCGAUGAUAGCAAAAGUUUGCCUGUUGAGGAAGUACCAACGGGUGACCAGGAUUCCUCAGAUAUACCUCUUGUAGCAUCUAAAGUUCCAGUCCCUGAAGCCCCAGCCCCUUCCUCAAGUCCUAGAAUCACCCGGAGCCGAAAUCGAAGAACAUCAAAACCACUCCAUUCUUCUUCCUCUCCAACUUCUCAGGAAUCACCUAUCUUGAGGACAAGACGAAGCAGGAGGCAGGGGACUCUCCUGGCCCCAAAUAUUGAGCCUCUCCUCCCUCAGGAUUCUAGAGACAAAUCAGAGUCUUCUUUUCAGAGCCAGACACAGAAGCCUUUUAGUCCCUCCUCUGCACCAAUUGCCCCUGGGGCCCCUGAGCUCCGCCCUCCCAUCCCUAAAGACUUGCCUGUAAUCCCUAAACCCUGCCUUCAGAUUCGUCAAAGCCGGAAACGGGGGGCCACCAGAACUUGUGGGUCUACCACAGUUGUACCAGAUCUCCCUGAGCCCCCCACUUCCAUUCCAACAGAGUUAUCUGAAAACCCUGUGCCCCCACCCAAGGCUCUCCGAAGUCAGAGAGCAAGAGUGGGAGAACAUUCUGAGUCACUCACAGCUACCCCAGAGCCCUCCACACCUGAGGCAUCUGCCCCUAGAGCUACCAGGAACCAGAGGGUAGGGGCCGUAGGUACGCCUGUCUCCACCCCAGAGGCCAAGCCCAAACUCUCAGGCCAAAAGCGGCCUCUGGCUACCAAGGAGCCAUCUCCAUGCCCCAAGAAACCCCGGAGAGGUAGGUCCCAGAGACAAGAAUCCAGCAAGGAAGAAGAUGAGAAGCCAGUGGAAGUUGAGACUACCAUGAGGACCCCUGUGGGGGUUGCAGAACUAGCAGUUCAGGCAAAGGAGGAAGUCAAGGGAACGCCUAGCCGGAGCUUACGGAGAGCUAGACUCAGUCGAGAAUCAAGAGUUCCCAAGGUGCUCUUCACAGGUGUGGUAGAUGCACCAGGAGAGCAGGCUGUGCUGGCACUGGGUGGAAGUCUGGCCACUUCGGUGGCAGAAGCCUCCCACCUGGUGACGGAUCGAGUUAGACGUACAGUCAAAUUCCUAUGUGCCCUGGGCCGGGGGAUACCCAUUUUGUCUCUGGAAUGGUUGCACCAGUCCCGAAAGGCUGGCCGAUUCCUGCCAUCUGAUGACUUUUUGGUGAAUGAUCCCGAGCAGGAGAAGAACUUUGGUUUCAGCCUUCGAGAGGCACUGAGCCGUGCUCAGGAUCGGGGCCUGCUAGAGGGCUACGAGAUCUAUGUGACUCCUGGAGUGCAGCCCCCACCCCCCCAAAUGGGAGAGAUCAUCACAUGCUGUGGGGGCACUGCACUUUCUAGCAUACCUCGGGCCUAUAAGCCCCAGAGAUUCGUCAUUGCGUGUCCUCAGGACCUCUCAAGAUGCUCUGCAGCCAUUCGGGCUAAGCUGCCCCUCCUUUCGCCAGAGUUCCUGCUCACUGGUGUGCUGAGGCAGGAAGCCCAGCCAGAAGCAUUCCUCCUCUGCACCUCCGAAUCUUAGCCCUCCUACCCCGCCAUGCAGCCCACACUGUUUAAUACACAUAAAAUAAACUAUUUAGAAGAAAUGUUUCAUGAAA